GAUGAUCACACUCUUUGUUGUUCUUUGUCUCUUAUCAUCAGUGAAAUCUUCUAACAUCAAAGAGCUUCAAGUUAAAAAAAUAAAGCAUGGUGAACAUGUCACUAUUAAAUGUGAUGUGUCCAGUGACAAAUUAAUUUGGUUUAAACAAGGUUUUGGAAAGAAUCCUCAGUGGGUAGCGAGAUUAGUGUCAAGCUCACUCAGACUCAACAUGGGGUUUACUGCUGAAAGCUUUAGUGUAGAUAAAAAGUUUAAUCUCAACAUUAAAGAACUCAAAGAAGAGGAUACAGGAACAUAUUUCUGUGCAGAUGUGCAGAGCUCUUCACCACACUUUGGACCUGGAACCUUUUUAGUUGUGGAAGCUGAGGAGGUGCGGCAGCGUCCUCCGACUGUAACGGUGAUGGAGGACGGAGACUCGCUCACACUCCAGUGUUCAGUACAAGCGUUUACUCCAAGCUGUGAAGAACAGAGUGUGUACUGGUUCAGACACCGCUCAGGAGAACCUCAUCCAGGAAUCAUUUACACUCAUGGAGACGGCAGUGAUGAGUGUAAGAAGAUCUCCGAGGCUGGUUCUCCUACACAGAGCUGUGUCUACACUCUCCCCAAGAGGAAGCUCACAACCUCGGAUAAUGGAACCUUCUACUGCGCUGUGGCUGCGUGUGGACAAAUCCUCUUUACUAAAGGAACUGAAGUUAAAAUUAUUAAAAUAAAAGAAAAUAACCUCUGGACUGUUGUUGUCUUAACAACCUCCAAUAUAAUAUCUGUUAUUGUAAUUAUGGUUCUGGUUGGACUUUUACUUAAAAAACUAAGAAAAGGGGAUUCUAGUGACCAACGAAACACAAAUCAGGCUGAUGAUGAAGAUGUCUUGAACUAUGCAGCUGUGAGUUUUGCUAAGAAACCUUCAUCCUCCAGAACAUCCAGAGACACGAGCCAAGUUAUUUAUGCACAAGUUCAAUAAUAAAAUAGUUAACAUGAAAUAAAUUCUAAUUUAAAGUCAGUGGAGAUUUAGUGCCGUAGGUCAAACUUUCAGCCAUGCGUGGUGUAUUUAACAAAGAUUCAAAGAACUUUAUUAAUCCCAGAGGGAAAAUGCUUAUAAUAAUAAAUAAAAUACAAACAGCUAAAAUUCAUUACUUAAUAUUUUUGUCAUUAGAAAUUGUUCAUGCAGUUUGUAGGAAGUGAAUAACGUUUUAAAAAAAAGUGUACAGUGGGAAUCAGUGUUUUUCCAUUUCUAUUGAUAUAAUUAGCCAUAUUUGAUAUUAUUACUGUCCGUCUUUGAAAUGCAUGUGCACUGUGUGUGAUAUACAUAAAGAGAGAGAGAAUAAAUAAAUGCAUGUGAA